GUCUCCUGCUGUGACGGUCCACAAAGCAGACAGUGAUCCUGAAGAUGAAGAAGAAGAGGAAGAUAAGGAAAAGGGAGGCUUCUUCUCUGGCAUCCAUAGAAAAUCCCACAAAACAACAGACGAGACACCGGCGCAGGACAGUCUGAGCGUUCACAGCGAUCUGUCGGCCAGCAGCGACAGUCUGUCUGAAAACAGCAACAAGGAAAAAGGAGGAAUAUUCAGCGGGAUGUUCAAGAAGUCUCCCAAACAAACUGACGAGGACCGACAGUCUUUACAUGACGAUCUGUCGGGCAGUAGUGACAAUCUGUCUGAAAAAUCAAAGGAAAAAGGAGGGUUUUUCAGCGGGAUGCUGCGAAAGUCUCCCAAGGUUUCUAGAGAGGGAACACCUGGACAGGGUUCAGAGACGUUACACAGUGAGCUCUCCGCCAGCUCUGACAGCCUGUCGGAGAACAAGGAGAAAGGUGGUUUGUUCAGUGGACUCCUCAGAAAGACCCCCAAAACACCCGGAGAGGAGAAUCUAUCGGCACAGAAAGAUCUAUCGGCACAGAAAAGAUCUAUCGGCACAGAAAGAUCUAUCGGCACAGAAAGAUCUAUCGGCACAGAAAGAUCUAUCGGCACAGAAAGAUCUAUCGGCACAGAAAGAUCUAUCGGCGAGCAACGACAGUCUGUCUGAAGCGACCAACACUAAGGUGAAAGGAGGUUUCAGUGGAUUGUUCAAGAGGUCGUCCACACUUGAAGACAGUGCUGCUGCAGAGGAGGUAACAGAGUCAGACGAUGAACUCACAGGCAGCAGUGAAGCUCUCAACACUAAGGAAAAAGGAGGAAUAUUUAGUGGAAUAUUCAAGAAAACUCCUAAAUCUGCAGAAGCUGCUCAACCUGAGGAGGACGAGUCUCCUGACAGCGAUCUCUCCGCCAGCACUGAGAAUUUAUCUGGGAACAAACAGGAGAAAGGUGGAAAGUUGUUCGGCGUUCUCCUUAAAAAGACUCCCAAAGCGUCCGGAGUGAAGGCAGAGACUCUGGGAGGAGAGGCUGAGAAAGAGCUGUCAGCGAGCAAUGAUGACCUGUCUGAGAAUAACACACCUAAGGAGAAAAAUAUUUUCAGCAACAUGUUUAAGAAGCCACAGAAACCUGCAGAGGGCGCUGCAGCAGACAAGGACGAGUUGCUCGACAGCGAUCUCUCCGCCAGCACUGAGAAUUUAUCUGGGAACAAACAGGAGAAAGGUGGAAAGUUGUUCGGCGUUCUCCUUAAAAAGACUCCCAAAGCGUCCGGAGUGAAGGCAGAGACUCUGGAAGGAGAGGCUGAGAAAGAGCUGUCAGCGAGCAAUGAUGACCUGUCUGAGAAUAACACACCUAAGGACAAAAAUAUUUUUAGCAACAUGUUUAAAAAGCCGCAGAAACCUGCAGAGGGCGCUGCAGCAGACAAGGAGCUGGAGGUGAACACAGAAAAACUGUUAUCUGGUAACUGUGAGAAUCUGGAGGACACCCCCGCCCCAAAGGAGAAAAAAGGAGGCCUGGCUGGCAUCUUCAAAAGAUCAGGGAGCAUCGACAACCUGUUUGACGAGGAGAAAGGCGGGCUGUUCGGUGGUCUUCUUAAGAAAACCCCCAAAGCGUCUGGAGACGGGGCGACAGCAGAGGACAAGGACGACCAGAAGGAGCUGUCCGCGAGUAAUGACAGUCUGUUUGAAAACAACAACACAAAGGAGAAAACUAUUUUCAGUGGCAUGUUUAAAAAGACUCCUAAACCAUCAGAGGGGACGACAACAGACGAGGAAUUAAACGAGGAUACGAAGUUAUCGGACAGUUGUGAAAAUCUCUUAGAAGCAAACAAAGCAAAGGAGAAGACAGGAGGACUGGCAGGGAUCUUCAAGAAGCCUCCAAAACUGUCUCCACGCGUAGUCGCUGAGAAGGACCCUCUCAAAGACACAAGCGAUCUUUACGGCAGCUGCGACAGCCUGCCAGGAUACGGAGAGGACGAUCUUUCAGCACUCGGUGAAUUGUCCAACAGUAACGAUAAUCUUAUUGAAACCACAAAGGAGAAAAAAGGAGGGUUCGCUGGAAUAUUCAGGAGGACGCCCAAAACAAUUGAACAACAGGACAGUGAGGACUUGGAGGCACCGACAGGAGGCAUCGGGCUGAGGCGCAGGAAAACCAUCAAGAAGAAAAAAAGAGUUGUCUCAUUCAGAGUCAAGACAACUCGUCCCAAAAUGUCAAAGUUGAAUUUACAGGGUUCAGACAAGAUGGCUGAUAUUCAGGAAGUUGUUGAGAUGCAGGAUCUGAACCCAGCACAGGACAGCACUGUGGACGUGCAGAAUGUGGAGAUGGCAGCUUAUCCCACUGGAGAAAACCCUCUGGGAACUGAGCUGGAAAGUGAUGAAUUGACGCAAUGGUGGAACACAGUAAAAGGUUGGGCAGAGUGGAACGAGAACUCUAACUUACAGGAGGAAGAUGAGGAAAUGAUGAUGGAGCAGGCGGCAGAUCGAGUCUACAUGGCCGCCCGUCUGUUCGUGCGUCUUUUCAACAAGCGAGGGGCGUCCUUACAGCAUCGAAUCCUGGAGCUGAUGGCUCUGGCCGACGCUGCGGAUGAAUUCCACAAGAAGACGGUGCAGGCUGCGGUGGGGGGGGGCGUGGCCAGUGUGGCGGGCAGCAUCGCAACAAUCACUGGCCUCAUCCUGGCUCCUUUCACUAUGGGCGCCUCUAUUAUCGUGACGGCGGUGGGGAUCGCCGUGGCGACGGCCGGCAGCAUCACCUCGGCAACAGCCAACAUCACGGACACAGUUCACUCCAACAUGGACCGGAAGAAUCUGGAGAAAAUGAUCCAGGGAUACCAGGAGGAGAUAAAGGACAUCAGGGAGUGCAUGGAGUUCGUGCAGGCCGGUAUGGCCACCCUGCAGGAGUGGGACUUUGAGAAAUACUCCCAGAGCGCUGCGAAGAAGGCGAUGAACCACAACCUGAAGCACGUGAUGAAGGAGGGCGGCCGCGCAGGGAAGGCCCUGAUGAUCAACACGGAUAAACUCAUCAGCACCGUGCAGGUUCUGGGAGUGGCAGGCGGAGCCGCUAAAGCUGCGCAGGCCAUCAGCGUCACCACGGGCGUCAUGUCGGGUCUCUUCCUCGCUCUGGACGUCUUCUUCCUCGCCAAAGACUCUCACGAGCUCCGCAAGGGCGCCAAAACUAAAUUUGCCACCAAAAUCAGGGACGUGUGCAAAGAACUACAAGAUGGCCUCCUGGAUCUGAACAAGGUGAAGACGCAGCUGCAGAAAACCAUGGACGGCAUCGAGGUGGAGGAGUUCGAGGAGAUCGUGGAGGUGGAGGAAGAGGUGGACGACGAUUUAGAGUCUGAUCCCAAGAAGCUGGCGGAGCUGGAGCAGGAGCUGGACCUCAUGGAGGAGAAAAUGGACAAGAAGGUGGAGGAGCAGAAGAAGAUUAAAGAGGUGGAGAAGGCAAGUGUGAACAAGGAGAAAAAGGAGGAGAAGAGUGUGAACGCAAAAGGAGAGGGACUUAAGAACAAAGAGGAAAUAGAGGAGGAAAUGAGAAAAAGGGAUGCCAUGACGGAGAAGGAGAGUACGAAGGGAAAAGGUGACGGAGAAAGCAAGAUGGAGAAGAUGUCUGCGGAGGCAAAAGAGCAGAAACUGGAGAGCGUCAAAGCGACUAAAGAGGAGGUUUUGAAAGAACAAUCACAGAAAGGAAAGAAGAAAGACAAAGAAGUGGAGAACCGAAUCACAGCCGGUAAAGAAAAGCACGAGAGCAAGCGAGAUCAGACCAAAGAGGACAAAAGUGCGAAUAAAAAGACGGAGGAGAAAAAUAAAGCUGGGAAAGAACAAGAGGAGAUGAAGGGCAGAUCAGGUGAUUCAAAAUACUCUGAGAGGGUAAACCCAGAGAGAGAGAGUAAAAGGAGCAGCAGAGAGACGGGGGAGAGUGGGAGGAGCGACAAAGAUCGAUCCCACAAGAGCGAGAGAGGAAGCAAACACGAAACUUUAGACAUCGAUAAGGAGAGGAAACAGAGCGAGAGGUCGGAGAGCUGGAGGAGGAGGGGGGAGGAGGAGAGAGGAGGGAAGGACUGGAGGGCUGAGGCGGCAAAAGGGAGAGAAGGAGGGGAGUCUGAGAGAGGGACGAGAAGGGAGGAACAUGGAAACGUGAGGAAGGAGUCGCAUAGAAGUCAGGAAGGGGCGUCGAGGACGGAGGGAGGGGGCAGCAGGGAGGAGAGGAGAGGAGGGAAGGAGACUCCUCACGAUGAGGAACGAGUGAAGAGGUUUGAGAGAGCAGGAGGUGAGGAGGGGGGGGAGGGAACGAGGAGAGGAAGUGAGAAAGGAAGUGAGAGAGCGAGUGAGAGAGCGAGAGGGCACAGAGGGUCCAGACCUCAAUCCAAAGCGAUGCUGGAGGACGGGCUCAAUAUCUAA